GCAGGGUUACGUACCUGCAAGGCUUUGAUAUCAGUGAGUUUCCUUGCUCCGUAACCAAAAAACUGCUGCGUGCCGCUGGCGGCGAGCUAUCCGACUGGGAGAGGUAUCUCCUAGCUGCGAAAUUGGUCGUUGGCGGCGAGCGAGCUGGCGAAAGCCGUAGCUCGGCGCGCAGCGAUGCCUCGAGGCUUAGCCAUCUUCGACUUCGACUGCACCUUAACCAAAUUCCAUGUGUGGGGCCGCUUCCGCAAGGCGCCUCUCCCGGAAGUAUUGAUCGACGCGGACACCUUCGUAGAUUUGCCGGCCUUCAAGGCCUUUGUACAGAAAGCCCGAUCCAAUGAUUUGGAGGUCGCCAUCGCGACGUUCGGGCGGCGGGACGUCGUGAAUAAAGCUUUGGAGUUUGCCCUCGGUGAAAGGCACGACAUUACUAUUUCCACACCAGCAGAUCAUGUCGACCCGCGCUACGACUUUCCGAAUCCCAUGGAGGACGAGCCGCCGCGGUGCGCGGAGGGUUCGGAUAUUCUGGGGGACAAGAACGCGCAAAUUGCAGCUUUGUGUGAGAGGUUUGGAGUGUCGGUGGAAGACGCUUCCUUGGCCGACGACGACCCGAACAACGUCCAGAAGGCCGUGGAUUCGGGCAUUGGCUACGUCGAGCACGCGGUGCGCGGCGCGGACGCGGCUUGUUUGGAGCGGAUCCUGCGGCACUUCGGCGCCGCCUAGUGCUCCGGCCGCCUAGUCUUUUUUACGGGACCAUAUCCCGUCAGCGCGCGUAUGCUGGUGUAAAUAAUAGGC